AUGUCCAGCAAGGUCAGGAAGUGCAAGGAGCAAGCGAGGGUGACCUUCCCCGCGCCGGAGGAGGAGGAGGAGGGCGAGGACGAAGGCGCGGAGCCGCAGCGCCGCCGGCGGGGCUGGAGGGGCGUCAACGGGGGACUAGAGCCGCGCUCGGCGCCCCCGCAGCGGGGACCGCGCGCCUACUGCCCGCCGCCCUUCUCGCCGGGGCCCGACAUGUCAAUGGAGGAAAGCCCAUCCCUGAGGCGCAAGACGGUGAUGCGGGAGAAGGGCCGGCGCCAAGCCGUCCGGGGACCGGCCUUCAUGUUCAACGACCGGGGUACCAGCCUCACCGCGGAGGAGGAGCGCUUCCUCGACGCCGCCGAGUAUGGCAACAUCCCGGUGGUGCGCAAGAUGCUGGAGGAGUCCAAGACGCUGAACGUCAACUGCGUGGACUACAUGGGCCAGAACGCGCUGCAGCUGGCGGUGGGCAAUGAGCACCUGGAGGUGACCGAGCUGCUGCUCAAGAAGGAGAACUUGGCACGCAUCGGCGACGCCCUGCUGCUCGCCAUCAGCAAGGGCUACGUGCGCAUCGUGGAGGCCAUCCUCAACCACCCUGGGUUCGCGGCCAGCAAGCGCCUAACCCUGAGCCCCUGCGAGCAGGAGCUGCAGGACGACGACUUUUACGCUUACGACGAGGACGGCACACGCUUCUCCCCGGACAUCACCCCCAUCAUCCUGGCGGCGCAUUGCCAAAAGUACGAGGUGGUGCAUAUGCUGCUGAUGAAGGGCGCCAGGAUCGAGCGGCCUCAUGACUAUUUCUGCAAGUGCGGGGACUGCACGGAGAAGCAGAGGCACGACUCUUUCAGCCACUCGCGCUCAAGGAUCAAUGCCUACAAGGGGCUGGCCAGUCCAGCUUAUCUGUCCUUGUCUAGCGAGGACCCUGUGCUCACUGCCCUGGAGCUCAGCAACGAGCUGGCCAAACUGGCCAACAUAGAGAAGGAGUUCAAGAAUGACUAUCGGAAGCUCUCCAUGCAAUGCAAAGACUUUGUGGUGGGUGUGCUGGAUCUUUGCAGAGACUCAGAAGAGGUAGAAGCCAUUCUGAAUGGAGACCUGGAAUCGGCAGAUCCUCUGGAGAUGCACAGGCAUAAAGCUUCACUGAGUCGGGUCAAACUUGCCAUUAAGUAUGAAGUCAAAAAGUUCGUGGCUCACCCCAACUGCCAGCAGCAGCUCUUGACAAUCUGGUACGAGAACCUCUCAGGCCUGCGGGAACAGACGGUAGCUAUCAAGUGUCUGGUGGUGCUGGUUGUGGCCUUGGGCCUUCCGUUUCUUGCCAUCGGCUACUGGAUCGCACCUUGCAGCAGGCUGGGGAAGGUUCUGCGAAGUCCUUUUAUGAAGUUUGUAGCACACGCUGCUUCUUUCAUCAUCUUCCUGGGCCUGCUUGUUUUCAACGCCUCAGACAGAUUUGAAGGAAUCACCACAUUGCCAAACAUCACUGUUAUUGACUAUCCCAAACAGAUCUUCAGGGUGAAAACCACACAGUUCACUUGGACUGAAAUGCUCAUUAUGGUCUGGGUUCUUGGAAUGAUGUGGUCUGAGUGCAAGGAGCUCUGGCUGGAAGGACCCAGGGAGUACAUUUUGCAGUUGUGGAACGUCCUGGACUUUGGCAUGCUCUCCAUCUUCAUUGCUGCUUUCACAGCCAGAUUCCUGGCUUUCCUUCAGGCAACAAAGGCACAACAGUAUGUGGACAGUUAUGUUCAAGAGAGUGACCUCAGUGAAGUUACGCUACCACCAGAGAUACAGUAUUUCACUUACGCCAGAGAUAAAUGGCUCCCUUCUGACCCUCAGAUCAUAUCUGAAGGCCUCUAUGCCAUAGCUGUUGUGCUCAGCUUUUCUCGAAUCGCCUAUAUCCUCCCGGCGAAUGAGAGCUUCGGCCCCUUGCAGAUCUCUCUGGGAAGGACUGUAAAGGACAUAUUCAAGUUCAUGGUCCUCUUUAUUAUGGUGUUUCUUGCCUUUAUGAUUGGCAUGUUCAUAUUGUAUUCUUACUACCUUGGGGCUAAAGUCAAUGCUGCUUUUACCACUGUAGAAGAAAGUUUCAAGACUUUGUUUUGGUCAAUAUUUGGAUUGUCUGAAGUCACUUCUGUUGUGCUCAAGUAUGAUCACAAAUUCAUAGAGAAUAUAGGAUAUGUUCUGUAUGGAAUAUAUAAUGUAACUAUGGUCGUUGUUUUACUCAACAUGCUCAUUGCUAUGAUUAAUAGCUCAUAUCAAGAGAUUGAGGAUGACAGUGAUGUAGAAUGGAAGUUUGCUCGCUCGAAACUUUGGUUAUCUUACUUUGAUGAUGGGAAAACAUUACCUCCACCCUUCAGUCUGGUUCCUAGUCCAAAGUCAUUUGUUUAUUUCAUCAUGCGGAUCAUUAACUUUUCCAAAUGCAGAAGGAGAAGACUACAGAAGGAUAUAGAAAUGGGAAUUGGUAACUCAAAGUCCAGGUUUACAAAGUGCUUUGCUGUACAUUUGAACCUCAUGCAACGCUGUAAGUUAAACCUCUUCACUCAGUCUAACUCAAGAGUUUUUGAAUCACACAGUUUUAACAGCAUUCUCAAUCAGCCAACACGUUAUCAGCAAAUAAUGAAAAGACUUAUAAAGCGAUAUGUUUUGAAAGCACAAGUAGACAAAGAAAAUGAUGAAGUUAAUGAAGGUGAAUUAAAGGAAAUCAAGCAAGAUAUCUCCAGCCUUCGUUAUGAACUUUUGGAGGACAAGAGCCAAGCAACUGAAGAAUUAGCCAUUCUAAUUCAUAAGCUCAGUGAGAAACUGAGCCCCAGCAUGCUGAGAUGUGAAUGA